GUCACAAAAUUCGAUGGUUGAAAAACUGAAGCAUCACGACAAGGAAGUAACAACAAAAUGUCAUAUUGAAGGGGGGUAAGGUUACAUAUUGUGCUUCAUAGCAACAAGCAACCACCAGGGUUACCAUGUCUGCUCAUCAGUGGCUGGAAAAGGCGGCAACAGCUCUCAAUUCUGGCUUGGCCUUCAUAGUUUUCCUCGUUUUUGACCUUCUUGACGCCAUUCUCUGCAUCCUGUUCAGAUAUAUUGACUACUUGUUUGAAGGGCGGCCGGGCUCUUGUUUUUGUGGUCGCAGCUGGGAAAUUGAGCAGGUCAGGAAUAAUGAAGAUGAUCACCAACAGCUUUCAGAGACUUUAUACCGGAGGAAAAACAUUUUCAAGGAAUUGGGUCGUCUUGUUCGUGUUGCUAAAAGCUACCACAAAACAAGUGGUGGCAGAGUUGCCAGGUGGUCUGACUGUGGAUGUCACUCUUGUGUUUCAUGGCUGAAUACUGAGGAGCACAACCUACAUCUUGUUGUUAAGCAGCCCUCUUCACUAGCCAUCACUGAGGAUUUGGGAGUACAACAAGCAAGUGAGAAUGUGAUAUUCCUUCACGGGUUUCUUUCUUCUUCCUCAUUUUGGGCAGAAACUGUGUUUCCAAACAUUUCGGAUCCUGUUAGUCGGCAUUAUAAGUUGUUUGCCAUAGAUCUAUUGGGAUUUGGUUCAAGCCCAAAGCCAAGGGACUGUUUGUAUACUUUGAAGGAUCACUUGGAAAUGAUUGAGAAAUCUGUCAUAUGUCCCUUCCAGUUAACUUCUUUCCAUUUGGUUGCACACUCCAUGGGUUGUCUGAUUGCAAUUGCUUUAGCUGCUAAGCACUCGCACUUGGUAAAAUCAAUCACUCUUGUAGCACCUCCUUACUUCCCUUCUAAAGAUGGAGAUAGUUUGAGAGUGCUUCAUAGGCUUGCUGAAAGGAAACUAUGGCCACUUUUCAUGUUUGGAACAUCAUUUAUGUCAUGGUAUGAGCAUCUGGGUCGAUGUGUCUGUUUCCUUGUAUGCCGCAACCACAGGAUAUGGGAGAGGAUCGUAAAGUUAAUCACUUGGAGAAAGGACCUCCAUUUUAUGACAAUGGACUUAAGUAGGCACACCCAUCAUUCAGCUUGGCACACCAUGCACAAUGUGAUUUGUGGGGGUGCAAAGUUAAUGGAAAGCUACUUGGAAGUUAUAAGCAAAGCCGGGGUUAAAGUGUUUGUAAUCCAUGGAGAUAGAGACCAGGUUGUGCCAGUAGAGUGCAGCCACAACAUUUGGAUGGCUGUUCCUGAGGCACAAAUUAACAUCAUAAAAAAUGCUGAUCAUUCUUCUGUGCUCCUUGGCCGUGAGAAAGAGUUCACUCUCUAUCUACAGCACGUUUGGGCCGCUUCCUCAUAGUGAUAGCUAUGUUGCUAAUUUGAAAACUUGUAC